CUGAUAGUUCACAGCAGAAAUUGGAAAGUUUUUAUGCUACCGCACUUUUUUGUGAAAAAAAACUAAGUACAUUACAUAAUGGAAAUAAUGGGAAAACCCGAAGAGCUGCAAGAACUGAAGGUAAAAAAGCCAGAUGACGAUAAAGAAGGAAAAUUAUCUCAAAAAACCACAACUGAAAAGGCAAAAUGGAGCAAUAGCAUUGAAUUUCUUGUAUCUUGCAUAACGUUAUCGGUGGGACUUGGUAAUGUGUGGAGGUAGAUUAAUAAGUUUUAAAUAAAUUUUUUGUGGAAUCCCGUUCUCCGUCAGAUUUCCAUUUACAGCACUUCAAUACGGUGGUGGAACUUUCGUCAUACCGUACACAAUCAUAGUAAUUUUGGUUGGCAAACCUCUUUAUUAUCUAGAAAUUUUGCUCGGUCAAUUCUCAUCAAAAGGUUGCAUUAAAGUUUAUGACAUGGCACCUGCUGUCAGAGGUAUUGGAUUUGGUCAAUGCAUUUGCACUGUCAUUGUUCUCAGUAUUUAUGCAUCUGUUAUGGCUCUUACGAUUCGCUAUUUUCUGGCAUCAUUUGGAGAUCCAUUACCAUGGAGUUUAUGUAAAGCUGAAUGGAAUACGACAUGUGUCGAUAGUAGCUUGAAAAUGGGAAAUUUUAGUGGAGCAAAUGCAAAGUCAUCUGCAGAACUUUUCUUUAUAAAGGAUAUCCUAAAAGAAGCAAAUUCAAUUGAAAAUGGUUUGGGAGUUCCAAAUUGGCAGCUAGUUGUAUGCUUAAUUGUUGCAUGGUGUAUCAUUGGCCUUGUUCUUAUCAGAGGAAUUCAAAGUUCAGGAAAAGUUGCUUAUUUUCUUGCUAUUUUUCCCUACAUCGUUCUUAUCAUUCUUUUGAUAAGAUCCGUUACACUAGAAGGCGCAAUAAAUGGGAUUUUAUAUUUUAUUAUUCCCGACCUCAAUAAAAUGUUUGAUGCGGAACUAUGGUAUGCUGCUGUAACACAGGUUUUCUACGCUUUAGGAAUUUGUUUUGGCUCAAUCAUCAUGUACUCAUCAUAUAAUCGUUUUGAUCAAAAUGUAUACAGAGAUGUGAAUAUCAUAACAACAAUGGACUAUAUGACGUCAUUAUUGGCUGGUUUGAUAAUAUUUGGUAUACUUGGUCAUUUAGCACAUGUUAUGGGUAUAGAGGAUAUUCAGCAAGUAACGACAAGCUUUAUGGGCCUCGCCUUCAUCGCAUACCCUGAAGCGAUUUCCAAAUUUGAUUACAUUCCACAAUUUUUUGCUAUUGUCUUCUUCCUCAUGUUGUUUUCCUUUUGUAUUGGUAGUAAUAUGGGUAUGGCCAACUGUAUACUUACGACUAUCAGAGAUCGAUAUCCAAAAAUAAUGUGCUGGAAAAUUGUCCUAGCUAUUGUUGUGUUCGGCAUAAUGAUUGGAAUUUUUUAUACAACACCCGGCGGUCAGUAUCUGAUAAAUCUGUUGGAUUUUUAUGGUGCUUCAUUUGUGGCCUUAAUCCUUGCCAUAAUUGAAUUGAUCACUGUCAGCUGGAUUUAUGGUGUUGAUAGAUUCUGUAGGGACAUCGAAUUUAUGCUAAAAAGAAAAACCUCUGCAUACUGGAGAAUCUGCUGGAAGUUUAUUACUCCAUUCAUUAUGAUUUCGAUUCUGCUUUAUUUUCUAGCAACAUGGAAGGCACUUACUUAUCAAGGUCAAGAAUACUCUACUGGAAUGCACAUGUUCGGGUGGUGCAUAUCAUUGCUUGGACUAUUGCAACUUCCUUUAUGGAUGAUAUAUGCUAUUUAUAAGCAGACUCAUGAAACUAUCAUACAAAGAAUUAAAGCUGCAUUCAAGCCGAAUAAAAACUGGGGACCAUGUGAUCAUGAGAUUAGUAAGUUUUUGUGUUGGAAGAAAGUCGAACAUUAUAAAUAAAUUUUUAUUUUUAGGAGAAAGAUACGAACAUUUUAUAUUAUCCUGGAGAACUCACAGGAAACCUUAAGAAUUUUUUUAAGUAAAUGAAAAUUCAGAAUUAACAAAGUGAAAAAAAAGAAUUUCAAAAGAUUAAAAUUUACUGUAAAAAUCCAUUAUUCAAACUAUUUUCACGUGUCAAUAAAAAUCGCGUGCCAAGUGAAAAUAAAAAGUUAUCUUAUCACUUUUUAAGUACAAUUUGUCAGUUUUAUAAGCGUGCAAUAACCAACAUAUGUAUUAUCUGAGUAAUUUAAAAGCAAUUAAAUUAGUUCUGAUAAGUUUGAAGUAUCAAACAAAAAAAAAUUAUUAAUGACAAUUUUUCAGAGAUCGAAGCCGAUUUUUUCGGCUUAACUCAAUUUUUGAUUUUUUUGAUAGAAAAAAGCCAUUUAACGCCAAUUGCAAGUAUUUAAGUUGAACUUCACAUGCUUUACUAUGAUUCUAUGUAAUAUUU